UUAUUUAGUUAUUUAGAACCUUUUCACUGCCUCAAAGAUACUUUUUGCACGUAUUACCCUCUCAUACGUUUAACCAUUGUGUUUUUUUGUGUUAGCUUUGAAACAGUUGACCACAUUAGUCACGUAGCCUAUUUAAACCGUCCUUAUUUGAUAUAACUACAUUUAAGUAUUUUCUGCAGGCAUUUUUUUUAGAGAUGGAGAUUUUGGCAGAACGCUGGUUUGUUGCUUUUGCCCUUGAAGACGUGAGACCUGCUGAGAACCAGCUUUUGAGCAGAGCUGGCUGCGUGAGUCCACUCACUCAAAACGUCACCACCCCAGUUUACGACAUCUGCUUCACUCCGUGGGUGAGCAAGAAGGAUGUGGCGCGUAUUUGCACGGAGAUACGAACCUCAACGCUGGGUUUAGCUGCGUUUUUCAGUACCGAAGCAGGCUGCAUGUUCGGUCCAUAUGUUCAGCAUUUGAGCACUAUACUCACUUUAUAACUGCUUCACGCUAACUGGAGUCGCAUGAAGGAUGCUGCCUGCCAGAUCUACACUGACUAGGCACAGCAAGUCUUUCAUCCUCGUGGGUCUAUUUUCUUAAGCUAAAAAUAAAGUUCCCACUUCCUGGAAUUUUGCAACUCAAGUCCCCCGCCUCACUGCGAGUGCAAACCAAACCAUGGGCGAAGAGUACAACGUGGCUCGGCAGCUGGAGAGCGUAGAGAGGAGCGUGGUGUUCCUCAGGCAGGAGCAUCUCACUUUGCUACACGGCCUCCAUCUAGAGAUCGUUUCCCUGCAGAGACGCUGCUCGGAGCUAACAAAUGAUCUGAAAGUGAAACCAUCGUGUCGAAGCCAAGUAGAAAUACAAGAAGAAGAAGACCUGCUGGAGGUCCGCUGCAGGGACAUAGAAGAUCGUCUGUCCGAGCAGGAGUACACCAUAGGAGAGAUUCGCAAAGAGCUGAGCCACAAGGGUGCGUUGGUAGGAGCUCUUCGAGCCAAUCUGAAAGAAAAAGAGCGCCACUUUCUGGAGGAGCUCAAACGGCGAAGCCACUGCUCCACAGUCUUAAACACGGAGCUGCAGAAACAAACUGAGGUGGCGGCAUACCUUUCCUUCCAGCUGCACGCUGCCAAGCAGAAGUUGCACCACCAGCGUCUGCAGCAGAGGCACACGCUCCUGACCAGAGGAUCUGGUCAGGGCCUCCAGUUCGGAAGCGAGCACAACUCCCCCCAACAGUUGCUCGCAGGGCCCGCCAGUCCCUCUCCCGUGGUCAAACCCAAGCGCAAGAGCACAAGAACCUCCUCCAGAAUGGAGCGCGCCCGUGAGUGUGUACCCAUGGAGAAAGUGACGGGCCCCGCCGAGCCUGCCGCCAUGCCGGACCCAGCCCUCUUCCUUCAUCCGUGGAGGUUCCGAGUGCGCUCCAGACAAACGCAGAGACCAGCUCCACUUGGUGUAGAACGAGAGGAUGAAAAUGAAGGAGUCACUCAGCAAGUGCCAGUGGUUGCUCAAGAAGAUGCAAACAUACUCGUCUCUGCAACUGGAGCGCCCCCUGCUGCUGGAGCACCAGCAGAUUAGCAAAUUAGAUUAGCCUCAGAAAGCUAUUUUGUUGUCUUGCAUCUUGACUGAAGUACAUCAUAGACCAGGAAUGGGCAAAUUGUGGCUCUGGGGCUAAACAUGGCCCACCCAAGCAUUUAUAUUUUCAAAACUCCUGUCAUAUUUUUUGCAAUGAUUUAUCUCAGUUUCACCCCACAAUUGGUUAACGUCUUUAUUCUGUUUUUUUUUUUUUUGCUUCAUUUAAUUGAAUAACUGGUUUAUUCAUUUAUUGUACAUAAGAUUUGCAACAUGUUACUGAUAUAUUUGUAUUUUUUAAAUAUAGUUAUUUUGUUUUAUUAUACACACAUUAAGAAAUGGAAAAUGAUAUACACAUAAAAUUAUUUACAUUUUUAUACUCUAGUCUUAACCUCAUCUCAGAAUGAACUGAGCCAUGUGUCCAUUUUAAAAUCAGAUGUGAUCCUUGAGCACUCAACCCCCUACCCCCUUUACCCCUCAAUGUUAUGAACUUAACUAGAUACAAAACUCAGUACAUGUCACUUUAAGUCUGUCCUUGAUUCAACUGGAAGGAUGUGUUUACGCGGGUGUCACUUGUAUACUGUGGGGCCUUAAUAGUAAAGCAAUCCCUUUUUUGAGUCCAA